CCAAAUGGCAACAGCAAAACGCACACCAAAAGUUGCAAUCCAAAAUUGAUCCAACAGUUCAAAGCAUCAAAUGGCAACUCCGGCGAAAUGGAAAUGAAAACAUAAGCAGCACUGCAGCAGAAAAACGCCAAAACAAAAACCAACAAUAACACGACAACUGCACACAACACACACCAGCUACACAAAAUGACGGAGACCAAAACUAUAUGCAUCCGGCUUCAAACUGAAUUCCAAUCUUUCUCUUCUCUCACCAUUCUUCACCGAUCGCACUUAACAAUCACCUCACCUCUCAUACCAGAACAACAACAAAACUCCAUGAACAACGCCGUCGCCACGUCGAUCGUCUUCUCCGACGAAUCCUUUGUAUACCUCGAUCCAACACAUCCAGAACAUGUAGAAACACAACAGAAGAACAACAGUUUCUCCAAUUCACAAAAAAAUCUCGAAAUCUCAUAUUACCACGAUUCUCUAGUCAAGCAAUUAUUCAUUCAAGAAAUGAGCACGCGCGUGACUCUUAGUAAGAAGAAGAACAGAAGGUCAAGGAGAAUUCGUUACCGUUUCCAUCUGGUUGAAGAAAUCCGAGAAGAAGACCACUAUGAAAAAAGAGGUGAACACUGGAAACGGAAUGGAGCUUGUAGCCGUGAUUGCUGAGUCUUGGAGGUUGUUGCGGUGGAGUUUGGGCUUGGCAUUUAUGCCAUGACCGUUUGGGCCCAAGGCUCUAAGGGAUAUUCCCCCUGAUUACACCCCUCUCUCUAGGCCUACACCCCUUUAUCCCUUGGAAAGGCCCAUUUCCAUUUUUAUUUUUUACUUUUUUUAUUCUUUUAUUAGUUUAAUUAGUCAUUAGGAUUAGAUUAGUAUUCUUAGAAAUAAUAGUAAUUAGGAUUUUAGACUUAAUUGGUUAUGGACUUUUUAUUAGAAAAUGAUUAGGUGUUAAUUAGGUUUUAAGAGAAAUAAGUAGGAAUUUAGUUUGAUUAGAAUGGUAGAGUUUAAUUAGAAAUAAUAAUUUUAGAAUUAGAUGAUUAGAAUCUUUUAGAAUUUUAGAAAUUAGAAUUUAUUGGAUUUAAUUAGGAUUUCAUAAUUAAAAGUUUUAUCCAUAAUUUUGAAUUGAUGAUUUUACCUUUAGACUUAGAAGUAGGCUAAUCAUACAUGUUCCCCUAGUUUAGGACUUAUAAAUUUUUUUAAUCGAUCUAUUAACCUAGGCUGUUGCAUCCUGUUAUUUCUCAGGUGAUUAAUUUUGGUCCUAAGUCAUGUUUAGAUAGAGUUUCACCUUUAGACUUAAUUUCCAUUUGAUUAACUUUAUUUCUUGCACAAAUCCCUUGUACUUUUCAUGUACCCCUCCCUCCCCUUUUGGAUGUACUUUUUUACUUGCUUUCUCUUGAUAUUGCUUAAUAGUUACUCCUUAUGCAUUAGGAACAAUCACUAUUUUGAAAACCAAUAAAGAAACCCUUGAUCCAACAUCAAACUGUCUUUUUUUCAAAUCAAACUCCAAAACACAAUAAAUAUGAUUAGGAUUGUAUGUCACGAGCCUUAAGUGGUA